UCACUUUUCUUCACCUCUCGCACGUUGCCUAGCUGCUAGACAUCUUGACUUUUAUCAUCAAAGUGCCCAGACAGGGAUACCACAAUACCUAUGGAGGUCUGGACCGAGCACAAGGAACACUCGGUCGAUGGCCACAAGCUCACGGGCACCCUCAAAUUCAAAGGCCAAACCAUUUGGGGACCCCACGGCUGCCACGAAAACACGAUGCGUCUGGCCGAGGCCCUCACGGAGGCUGAUUGGCGCCUUGCCAUGACAUUUGAAACGAAGGAACUUUCAGUCGAAGGACACGUGCGCUACAUCAGUGUCAAGGACGGGAACGGCCAGCUUCUUCUGGACAAACUCAGCACCCACGACAGCAUGGAUGAUCUGGCUAGAGCUGUCAUGAGGGCUAUAAAUUCUGACGGGGGCCCUUAAUGUCGUGUCACCGAGAUUGUGUAUUGGGGGGAGGCAUGGUCUUAGUCAGGGGCUAUCUUGAGGGAGAGGCCAUUCAACAUCAUCCACUUGGACAAGCUUCAGAGA